AUGCUUCCUUUGCUGGGUCUGCUUUCGGUGCCCGCCGUUCAGGCGCAGUUCAGCACCACCAUGCUGCGAUUUGGUUGCUCUGAGCUCAGCAUCGACCGCAUCGAUCCCCUUGUUGAGCCCGGCAACGUACCGUCGGCUCACGUACACCAGAUUGUCGGCGGUAAUGCCUUCAACGCCUCGAUGCCCUCGACCGAUAUUUCCAAGCUGGCACAGUGCACCAGCUGCACCUUCGAUCAAGACCUGUCCAACUACUGGACCGCCAAUGUUUACUACCGCGCCCGCAACGGCACCUUCAAGCGAGUCCCCCAGAUGGUUAACGACGUGAUCGGCGCAGCCAACGGCGGCAUCACUGUGUACUACACUGCUCCAGGACCCAACACGGUUACUGCAUUCAAGCCGGGCUUCCGCAUGUUCUCUGGCGACGUCUCCCGCAGGAAGCCUACCAACCUCGGGCGCGGCAUUCAGAGCUGCUUCCGCUGCUACACCGGCCCUAACUUUGGCGGUAACACCUACUCGCCAUGCUUCGACCCGCAGCGUGACACCGAGAGUUUCCCGACGACGCCGUGCCCUGGUGGUAUCCGAUCGAGUGUCAUCUUCCCCAUCUGCUGGGAUGGCAAGAACCUGGACUCGCCAAACCACAUUGAUCACGUCGCUCACCCCACGAAUGGCCCGGCUUCGUUCGCUAUGGUCGAUGGUAAAUGCCCGGAUACGCACCCGGUUAAGAUCCCUCAGGUUCACUACGAGGUUGUUUGGGACACUACCAAGUUCAACAACAAGGCCGACUGGCCUGAGGAUGGGUCACAGCCGUUUGUGCUCUCCACUGGUGACCCUACUGGUUACGGCCAACACGGCGAUUACGUUUUCGGCUGGAAAGACGACUCUCUGCAACACGCCAUGGACAACCGCUGCUUCGGCCCAACCUGCAACGGCUUGACCACCCAGGGUUUUGACAAGGCCAACGCGUGCACCGUCAAGCCUUCUGUUAAGGAGGACAACGAUGGCUGGCUCACGGAGCUGCCGGGAGGCCACCAGAUUAUGUAA